AUGGAGGGUGCAGCUCUUGUCAAGAAAGGAGAGGUGUCUUCCACACCGGCUCACUUUAAGGCUACAAAGGCGAUGGCCAUUGAUUCGGGGGAGAAGCGAUUGAGGGAGCUGGGGUAUAAGCAGGAGUUGUUUCGGGCACUGGGCGCAAUUGCUAACUUUGCAAUUGGCUACACCAUUAUUGGAGUACUGAUGGGUGUCACUGGUCUGUACGGCUGGGGCUUUCAGAAUGGAGGCCCAGUGUCAGUUGUGUGGGGUUGGUUCCUCACCAGCAUCUUCUGCCUCUUCAUUGCAUCUUCAAUGGCAGAGCUCAGCAGCAGCCUACCGACUGCCGGAGGCCUCUACCCCUGGUUUUACGUUUUGGCUGGGCCUACGUGGGGCCCCUUUUGGUCCUGGAUAACGGGCUGGUACAAUUUCCUGGGUUUCGUGUGCGGUUUGGCCGUCAUCAACAACAUAGCAGCCAACAUUAUUGCAACGCAAGUGGUCAUCGCUACAGGACCUGGUCCUGAAAGUGGAUAUGUUGCCAGCAAGGGGCUCAUCUUGGCAAUCAUGUCAGGCCUCUGCAUCAUCCAGGCCACCAUCAACACCUUCAACGUCAGAAUCCUGGCGGUGUUUGAAAAGACGGUCCUCUGUGUUGAGCUGGCCGGUUUAGUCGUCAUCGUGGCCACCUUGCUUUUCCGUUUCUGCACACAAGCAAUCGGCCAAGCUGCGGUGCACAUGUCCGAAGAGACGGUCGGUUCGGACGUCACCACCCCCGUCUCCAUCAUCAGCGCAGUCGGAGCGGCGGGCUUCUUUGGCUGGAUCUUCAUCAUUGUCCUCACGUUCUGUAUCCAGGAUCCUGCCACCAUAUUAGAUCCUCAGAACGCAACGGCUGGUCGAAGCGUGGUCGGGCAGAUCUUUUAUGACGCGUUCUUAAGCAAAGGCCGGAGCUACAAUGGUGCAAUUGCCUUGCUGACGAUUCCCCUCGUCACCGCUUGCUGUAGUGGAGUACCUCAGAUAGCAGCCUGCUCUCGGGUGCUAUUCGCCAUGUCCCGUGACAAGGCCGUUCCUUUCAGCGGCUUCGUGCACUGGUCUCCGAAGGGCUCGCACACUCCUGUCGCGGCCGUGUGGAUCUCCUCCCUGCUCUCCUUCUGCUUUGCGCUCUUCUCGCUGAAGAGUGUCAUUGCUUUCAAUGCUGUGACCACGUGUGGGUCAAUCUCCUUCCACGUGGCCUACAUCGUCCCGAUCUGCCUCCGCUUAGUGUGCCCGCAAAACUUCAAGCCAGGGCCAUUCAACAUGGGGCGGUAA